AUGGACAAGUCAAGUGCGAGCUCGCUAGUAGAUUUGCCUGCUAUAGGAACAAGGGUCGAGGUUAAUGGCGUCAACGGAAUAGUUCGAUACGCUGCAACAACCAAAUUCGCAGUCGGUUUUUGGGUUGGUAUCGAACUGGAUGCUCCUGCUGGAAAGAAUGAUGGAAGUGUGAUGGGUCAGCGGUACUUUGAAACAAGGCCAAAUCAUGGUGUCUUUGUCAGGCCUGCUCAGGUCAAGAUCGUUGCUCCAACUGCGUCGGGAGGAGCUACUAUAGUGAGUAAUUUGGAUAUGUUGUGGUGGAUCAUCAACUUUGAAGCUGCAUCAAAGCAUAGUUCGCCAACUAGAUCAGACACUCCAGAUCUAUCAAAGUUUGCAAAGGCUCCUUCAACAACGACUCCCACAGGACGAUCUGUGACAUCUAUAGCAGCGCCAUCAUCACCGGGAAGCGCUCCAAGCAAACCCUUGACUCCAACACGAUCAUUAUUCCCAACAGACAGCACUUUAAAAGCUUCAUCAAAAGUACCAGUCAGUCCAACAUCACGAUUACCAUCAUCACCCACCAAAACGUCGUCAGCAGCAGUGCCUUCACCAUCUCGACUAAAAGCUCCGAACACAACAAUGAGUGGUACUAUAUCCGUGAGAUCGUCGACACCUGUCCAGUCUGCUAUAUCAUCUCCCCAUCGCAGUGCUGGAGAAUCACCAAAAACAGUUGCGAGUGACGUAUCUGCUCUGGAUCUAGAUGCUGAAUUAGGAACAGAUGGAGACAAUUUGAUGGUCACUCACUUAGCUGCGUCGACAGCAUCGUUACUAGAUGAGUUGCCACCACAUGAGUUUGAAAUUGAUGAAGGGCCUGCAAAGAGUGGUAGCGAUGAUGAUAUACCUGCUAGACCCUCGCUGCCUACAGAACCUAUUUCAAGAGAGAGUCUAGUGAAGCCAGUGAGCGCGUCGAAACCAUUCAGUAUAGGACAGCCAGUGGUAUCACAACGAGUAAGCGAAAGUGUAGUGGCAAGCAGUGUCAUUCCCUCACCAGUAGCUCCACGUGUUAUGGAUGUUGCUCCUUCACCACCGCAUAAAAUAGAUACUGCUCCAUCUACUCCAAUCUCAACAAUAACGAGUACAAUACUCCCAGCACAAGAGGCCAAGUCAGUGACAUCCAGCCUGCUUGAUCUUGCCACUCCAAGCAAGACGGUACCAUUACGAGAACUUGAGGACUUGAAAAUCAAGUUACGAAUCCUUGAAUCAAAACGCGCUGAAGACCGUGACUUGAUGAAGGAACACGAACGCCUCAAAACUGAACUCGAAUCUACUCAAUUGAUACGCGCUCGAUUGUCUGAACGGCUAGAGCAAGUUCAAGAAGAAGUCAGAGAGUCCAAGAGACAGCUAAAAGAGUCUAUUGAGAGACAACAAAAAGCUGAAUCUCAAGUAUCUGAUCUAUCAGAGACUUUAGAAAUGAUGACAUUGGAUAAAGAAGUUGCUGAGGAAAAGACUGAGUCACUGCAAAGCGAAGUUGAGGCGCUCAAGGAGAAGGUUGAAGAGUUGUCGUUGGAUUUGGAGGUUAUGAAGGAAGAAGCCUCUAUGAACCCAGGAGAGCAGCCACAGCCAGCAGAAGGUGCAGACGAAUCGCGUCCAACUGUAGAAAUAGUCCAGUUGGAGAGACAGAAUGAACGACUGAAGGAAGCUUUGGUCAAGCUUCGAGAUGUGGCCACAACACAAGAAUUUGAAGCUCGUGUCAAGAUUCAACACCUUGAACAUGAAAUUAUCCAGUUGUCCGAUUACAAGGACAGGUACAGCACCGCUCGUCAAGAGCUUGAGAUGGCUCAAACGCAAGUUGAGGAUUUGAAGAUGCAACUUGAUGAUGCAUUGGGCUCAGCAGAUCUGGUAGAUCAAUUGACGGAUAAGAAUCUACAACUCAGCGAGAGGGUGGAAGAACUUGCCGCUGCUGUCGAAGAUUUGGAAGCACUGAAGGAACUUAAUGAUGAGAUUGAGGAAAACCAUCUCGAAACUGAAAAGCAGCUGCAAACUGACAUCGAUUCGAAGGAAGCUUUACUUCGAGACGUUCGUCGUAAACUAGAAUUACAAGACGAAUCAAUGGCUGACUACGAACGGACCAUGUCACAAUUCCGUGAAUUGGUAUCUAGUCAGGAAAAGGAUAUAGAGCAAUUGAAACGCACUUCCAAAGAUGAUGGAUCAGUCGGAGCUCUCAGUAGUCAAACACAAGCUAUGAUAUCUCUCAAUCUGCAAUUACAAUCAUCGGCCGUCAAGGCACAAGUCAAAUCCAUAGAACUAGAAUUACGUAAAUUAGAAGCUCAGCAAGCUCUAGAUCACUUGGAUUUGGUAUUGGUAUACUUGCCUGAUGUCUUCAAUCGGAAUGAAGCCCAACCUGUGAAUACGUUAUUAAUGUUUCGACGGGUUGCGUUCAAGGCCAACUUGUUUGUUGAACAUAUAUUAGAAUACGUUAUCCCUGAAAAUGAUUCCGUAAUUCAUGGUCAACACCUGGCAGUGUCGACACGGGUGUUUGCUGCUGAAGCUAAACAAAAGGCUAGUUUGCUGUAUAAUCUCGCGAAUCGAUUUGUGGUAUAUAUGCAGUCAUGCUCAGAUGAGUCGUUUAUACGUAUUGGUCGAGCUCAUGAUGAUUUAGUGGGUGUUGAAAGACGAUUGAACGCUGUUGUUGAUUCGUUGAAGAAUCGAGACGUGGAACGUCCAGAGGUCUUGACUGAAUUGCAAAGAUCAGUGACGUAUUUGGAACACUUGGCAGAGAAGGAGGCUACUGAUGAAGGGAAUAUGCCUGUUUGUAUUCAUCAACUUGCUCUCGCAUUUGUUGAAGCAUUAGAAGUCAAUGCACAACGAAUGGAUGUAGAGAUAUCUGGACUUGAGCAUGUCUUCGUUCCAUCCGAUCUGAUUGAUGAUUCAGAACUACGUCAAUCAUUGACGCAAUUUGGACAAGAGUUUGUUCAACCUUGGUAUGAUCUCAAACCACAUAGUCAGUCGAUUCGUGUCGUUUCGAGAAAACUCAUCAAGCAUCUACUGUCGCUCAAAGAUGACUCGAAAGCUGUAUCUUCAGACUUUGCAAUUGAAAUACGAAAGCUCUCCGAUUCAUUAACUCAAGCAGUUGAAUGUUUAGCUCAAGUAGUGAAAUCGACAAGUAGAUAUGUUGCAGACUACGUAGAGCAACAUCAACCAAUCACUUUGAAUGCUUUGAAUUCGGUUGCGGCUGCUUGUGUAGAAUCCUGUCUUGGUACUGUUGAACGAGCAGCUGGAUCUACUAUAUACAAGCGUUUGGAGUUGAUUAGUAUCAAAGUGAUGGAAUUGGAUUCGUUGUCGGUGUCUGGUGAAUUAGUGCCAUCAACUAGAGCACCGUGGCAUGUACGCGCUGAAAAAGGAAAAACGGACAUGGCUUCGAGCUCGCAACUCGAAGGACAGAUUGAUGGCUUGAAUGAUGAGAUAGUCUCAUUGGCACUACAAAUCAAGAUGAAAGAACAGAAUCUAGCGGAAUCGGCUGUAAAGGUGGAGAUUCUUGAGAAGAGAAUUGAGAUUCUUCAGAAACAGACUGACAGCAUAUCUGAAUUGGAAGAAGAGCUGUCUCGUACUCGAGAACGACAAAAAGUCAACGAAGAAGCUCUUGAUAAUGUGCUGGCGGAUAUGAAGGAGCUGGAAGAAGAGAAUACGCAUCUGAAAAGGCACACUCGAUCUCAAGGUCACUCCUACAUGAAUACCGGUCAAGGGAGAUCCCUUUCUCCAGUCGCUGGUGCUGGCAGUAGUAAUCGUCUUGCUCGUGGUAGUCCAUUGAGCAGACAUGAUUUGCACUCGCUUGGAGGUGAUGAUCUGGAUGUGGGUGUCAACUCUCAGAUUCAAUCAUUACAAUCGGCACUACGAUAUCUACGGGCUGAAAACACUAGGCUCAAAACUAAUGCCUCGUCAUAUGCUACUGCAUCUCUAUUUGCACCCACUGAUCCUGUCAUGCGUCAGCAACGUCUGCACAGUAGUAGUAGCAGAACUACUUCGCCGGAAGCAGAUCGUCAAUUGAAGGCUGUAGCUCUAGAAAGCAGAGUGCUGGCUAGAGAUGCAGCUGAUUUAGGAUGUGAGCCACGACUAGUAGAUGUGUCCCAAAUCAAGGUUGAUGAUACGAACAAGAAGAAGUGGUCACCAUUGCUUGGUGAUCCAGCUCUACAAUAUUAUGAACGAGUAGCCAAGUUGGAAUAUAUUUCGAAACGAGGGAAGGAGUUACGAGAACGUGUACGGAAGAUUGCUGAAGUGCAUGGAAUGGCUUCAGACAAGUACGCUUCUGCUGAAUCGAAUAGUAUGUUAACUUCUACACGAGCACACUUGUUGGGUCGUAUAUCUAUUCCAAUUCAAAGUGGUUUUGCGCACGAUUCGUUACAACAACGGAUUACUUUGACAACACAUCAAGACUUUGAGAGAUUGCAUACUAUAUUUGUAUCAUAG